GCCUUGCCUCCCCACUUGGAAAGCCUGGAAGGCUUACAGGGAAUAGAAAACCACAUCACUGCCACUCAGGACAUCCCUCGUCUUUCAAGCAUCCAGGUAAUAAAGUCCCAAACUCAGGUAGAAGAGGAAGAGGAGGGCGACGAUGAUGAAACAGAGGAACUGGGUCACACAGAAACGUACGCCGAUUAUAUCCCUUCUAAAUCGAAAAUUGGGAAGCACCACCCUGACCGAGUGGUAGAAACCAGCACGCUUUCCAGCGUCCCUCCUCCAGAUAUCACCUAUGUCCUCUCUCUCCCCGAAUCGAUUGCCGAAAACGGGUCGCUCUCUGCCCUGCAGCUGGAAGCCAUAAUUUACGCCUGCCAGGAACACGAAAACUUGCUUCCCAAUGGUCAGAGAGCCGGAUUCCUGAUAGGAGACGGUGCAGGCGUCGGGAAAGGCCGAACCAUCGCAGGGAUCAUCUAUGAAAAUUACCUGAAGGGAAGGAAGAAGGCUCUGUGGUGAGUGAUCAGAUCGUCCCCCCUGUUCUGUGUCAAAGCUCUCAUAGAUUGCAUUGAAAUCUCUCUCCUGUAUUCCUUUCUCAGUGUAUAGGGUCCUCAAGGCUAAGGCCCCAACUUAGUUCAGGAA